AUGCUUUUUGAAGAAGACGAGUAUCCUACUGUCGAACCAGUUAAAGAUGUGAAAUAUAACGGAACUCGUUACAAUUCCAAAAAAGGCUUCGUUUACCACUUGCAGAAGAGGACUUCGUAUUCCAUAAUUUACCACUGCAAAAACCACAAAAAAGCAAACGGUGGUUGCAACGCCCGGAUUAAAUCUGACAUGGAAUCUGGACUGUUUUUCAGGCAGGGAGACAACCCCCACAAUCCUCACCCACAACACGUAGUCAACGUAUGCGUUGAUGCAGUCGGACUUGAUCGUAAACGACCUAAAGUGGUUUUCGAUGCCGUUCGUCGUGAGCAUCAAGGCGUUCCUAUCGGAUACGGCAAAGCAAUGCAACGUAGGAUGCAGCGGGCCAAGCGCAGACGACAACCACCAAUCCCCUAGUCGAUUCUGGAAGUAGCUGAUUUAAUACAACAAUAUCCUGAGUACUGUGAUGCAUUUGAAGGCGGCCAGUUUGAUCGAGGUCACGUGAAAGUCGCUGAAGGCAAAGAAGCGCUAGUUUUCCUAUCAACUACUUAUUGA